AUGCUGUCCUCGCUGCUGUCCCGGACGCCCAAGUGGCUCCGCUUCAAAAAAAUCCACUACUACCUCAUCCCGCUAGUGGCAUUGGUGGUGUGGUGGGGCAUGCUUAUAGCCUUGAUGCUGGCCUGGUCCAUCCAGGGCCACCCCAUGUACGCCUUCAUGGAUGAGUACCAGAAACCCGUCUACAUCUCCGACAUUGGCGCCACAAACCUCCAGCCUUUGUUUAUCUCGUGCACGGGGUUCCAGCUUAUAUUCUUUGUGGGCACCUUGUUGAUGGAGUUUGUUUUGCGGAGAAUGAGGAAGUUGCAGCCGUACGUGUCCAACAAACAGAACUGGUUUGCCAUCGUCAGCAUCAUCUGUGCCUUAAUUGGCCAGUUGGGUAUUCUCAUGGUGGCCAUCUUCAACACCAACGCCUUCCACGCGGUGCACAUCACCAUGGUGGCUGUGUUCAUCUUCUUCAUCUUCUGGGCGUGUUUCUUCAACUUCCUCAAUUCCUUCAUUUUCGGCAAUUUCCCGCUGAGAUUGCACCCCAACCACGAGAAAGUCAUUUUUGGCAAGCACCGCUGGGCUAACUUGUACAUGGUGUCUUUCAUCUUCAAGCUCAUCUGGCUCAUUGCCGCUGUGGUUUUGGCUGCUUUCUUUGGCUACUACAUGAAACACGGCCAGGAUUCAAAAUCCGCCGCUUUCGAAUGGACCAUCUCCUUCUGGUACGGUCUUUUGCUUAUCUUCUGGGCCAUCGACCUCUUCCCAUCCGCCGUGAAACACUACAGAGUGCACCACCCGGAGGAGUACGACACGGAGUUUGUCGACAGCCACAAGCAGGAAACCACCCAGGUGGGCGGCCACAAUUCGUUCCAGCCUAUUCCUAAACGCCAUUCUUCCAGUUCUGGCAUCGACGACACUACCUUGAACCUGCCUCCUAGAGCAGCGCAUUUGCACGAGCCCAACUCCGUCAAUGUGAACCCCUACGACGGCGCCAUCACCGUUCCAGUGCAAGAGCCCGACCAGGAGUUCCAGGAUGCGUACAAGAGCCAGGUUCCUCCACAACAGACAUACACGGGCGACGCCCGCGUGCACGAAAUACCAGAACCAGUCUUCAACGCCAUGCUUCUGAAGAAAAGACUCUCGCUGGGGCUCACGGCAACCCACAAGGUUUUCGUCCGUUCCCGCCACGGCGGAUGCACGAAAAUCGUCAGAGAACACUACCUCCGUGGCGAUAUACCGUGCUACUCCAAGCUCUGCAGAAUCUGUCCAGAAGUAGUCCAGCCUGAUGCCCAGGGCAAUUUGCCUGAAUUCAUACUUUCCGACUCGCCGUUGAAGCUCAAGGACGGCGUGGGCCACUACGUCAUUGUCGACACCAACGUGGUGUUGCAGGCAAUCGAUCUUUUGGAGCAUCCGGACUGUUUUUACGAUGUCAUCAUUCCUCAGGUUGUGCUUGACGAGGUGAAGAACCGGUCGUUCCCGAUUUACCAGAGGCUCCGUGCGCUUGUGAAGGCCGCCGACAAGCGGUUUGUUGUAUUCCACAACGAGUUCAGGGAGGACACUUUUGUGACCAGAAUGAGAAACGAGUCCAUCAACGACAGAAACGACAGGGCCAUUCGCCGCUGUGUCAAGUGGUACAAGGACCAUUUGAACGUGAAGAACAGCGCCACGCCGGUGAACAUCGUGUUUGUGUGCAACGACCGUGAAAACAGAGAAAAGGCGAUUGCUGACGGCUCCGAUGCCAGAUCGCUUGUUCAGUACAUCGAGAGCUUGCCUGAAGGCGAGGAGCUCCGGGACUUGAUCCCGACGGAAAACGAGUCGUUCGACAAGAACGCCAACGAGAUCUCGUUCCCCGAGUACUACUCCACCUCGAGAACCAUGGCAGGCAUCAAAAACGGCACCUUGUACCAGGGUGUGAUGAAUAUCUCCGCAUACAACGUCUUGGAGGGCUCGCUCAGCACGCCAGCGUUUAAAAAGCCGUUGUUGGUUGUCGGCACGCAUAACCUUAAUAGAGCGUUCAACGGCGACCUUGUCAUUGUGGAGUUGCUUCCUAAGGAUAAGUGGAGAGAGCCUUCGUCGACCAUUGUGGAGGAAAGCUCCAUCGGUGCAAACGACAAUGCCGAGGGUGAUAGCAAAGAAAGCGUUAUUUCCGAUAAAGAGCGCCGUGUGUUGGCCCAAGAGGCAGUGAAGGCUACAUCUGCUCACGAAAGGAAACUCCAACCUACAGCCAGAGUGGUUGGAAUCACAAGAAGAUCCUGGAGAUUCUACGUGGGUCAGAUCGCCCCAUCCUCGGUUUCCGUGGAGGAGGACACCGGAAACUCCUCCAAGACCUGUUUUGUCAUUUUGAUGGACAAGCUUCUCCCCAAAAUCCGUAUCAAGACCAGAAAGGCCAAGGACCUUCUAGGGCAGAGAAUCGUGGUUUCUGUGGACUCGUGGCCUGCCGAUUCGAAGUACCCACAGGGCCAUUUCGUGAGGAGUUUGGGUGAGAUUGAAAGCGUACAAGCCGAAACGGAGGCCUUGCUUUUGGAGCACGAUGUGGAGUACAGACCGUUCUCCAAGGCCGUUUUGGACUGUUUGCCCAAGGAGGGUGAAAACUGGGUCGUUCCUGAGAAAUUGGACACCGACAAGCAGUUGAAGCAGAGAGUGGACUUGAGAGACAAGCUUGUGUGUUCCAUUGAUCCUCCAGGAUGUGUGGAUAUCGAUGAUGCUCUUCAUGCAAAGCAGCUCCCCAACGGCAACUACGAAGUUGGUGUCCAUAUCGCCGAUGUUACCCAUUUCGUGAAACCCAAUACCGCCUUGGACAACGAGGGUGCUUCUCGUGGUACCUCUGUGUACUUGGUCGACAAGAGAAUCGAUAUGUUGCCCAUGCUUUUGGGUACGAACUUGUGUUCUCUUAAGCCCUACGUCGACAGAUUUGCCUUUUCGGUGAUCUGGGAAGUGGACGAGAACGCCAACAUCGUCAAGGUGGACUUCAUGAAAUCGGUGAUCAAGUCCAGAGAAGCGUUUUCGUACGAGCGUGCUCAGAACAAGAUUGACGACGAGUCCCAGCAGGACGACCUCACCAAGUCCAUGAGAAUCCUCCUCAAACUCUCGAAAAAGCUCAAACAAAAGAGAUUGGACGCUGGUGCGUUGAACUUGGCUUCUCCAGAAGUCAAGGUGCACAUGGACAGCGAGACGUCUGAUCCUGGCGAGGUUGAAAUCAAGAAAUUGUUGGAAACCAACUCCUUGGUCGAAGAGUUCAUGUUGUUUGCCAACAUCUCCGUGGCACGCAAAAUCUACGAGGCAUACCCACAAACGGCCAUGUUGAGAAGACACGCUCCACCUCCAGCCACAAACUUCGAGGAGCUCAAUGAGAUGUUGAGAGUGAGAAAGAACGGCAUGUCCAUUUCUCUUGAAUCCUCCAAGGCGUUGGCCGAUUCCUUGGACCGCUGUGUGGAUGACAAGGACCCCUACUUCAAUACGCUUUUGCGUAUCAUGUCCACCAGAUGCAUGAUGGCAGCGCAGUACUUCUCGUCUGGUUCCUACGGAUACCCCGAUUUCAAGCAUUACGGUUUGGCUGUUGAUAUCUACACGCAUUUCACCUCGCCCAUCAGAAGAUACUGUGAUGUUGUUGCACACAGACAACUUGCAGGUGCCAUAGGCUACGAGAACUUGGACUUGAGCCACAGAGAUAAGCAGAAGAUGGAGAUGAUUGUGCGGAACAUCAACAAAAAGCACAGAAACGCCCAGUUUGCCGGCAGAUCGAGUAUUGAGUACUACGUUGGCCAGGUGAUGCGGAACAAUGAGUCUGACCAAGAGGGCUACAUCAUCAAGUGCUUCAACAACGGUAUUGUGGUGCUUGUGCCGAAGUUUGGUAUCGAGGGUUUGAUCAAGUUGGAGGUUCUUGGCGACGUGAACACGGCAGAGUACAACGAAGACAAGUACGAGUUGACGUUUACUGAUUACAAGGGUAAGAAGAAGACGGUUGCCGUGUUUGACAAGGUGACUGUUGAGGUGAAGUCUGUGAAGGAUGAGGUGAGCGGCAAGAGAAAGGCUCAGUUGAGUUUGGCAUGA